UAGAUACAAUUCUUCUGAGCGUUUAGAAUCAUCCCAUCCUAAACCUUACACUUUGUACAAGAUGUUUUCUUCAACCUUCCAGAAUGCUAGGAAGUUUCACCAAGCAACAAGGCAGAUUCACAAGUCUGCUUUAAAAGUGGUUGUUGGCCCUCAGUUCGAAGAAACUGUGACCAGCAGUUUUGCAUCAUUUAUCAGUGAAAUCCGCCCAGAACACCUGCCUGAUGUUGUACGGCACAGAAGCAAACGCAUGAUUCUGGACAACAUUGGUGUUGGCCUUGUGGGCACUAAAACACAUGUCUUCAACAUCAUUGUGCAAUAUUGUCAGGACCUACAUGUUUCAAGACAUGGAAAUACAGCUAUUUGCUCGGUUUAUGGACAAAAGGGAUUAAAACUGUCCCCAACACUUGCUGCGUACACCAAUGGAGUAGCAGUUCACUCGAUGGACUUUGAUGAUACUUGGCAUCCUGCUACGCAUCCAUCAGGUGCAGUGCUACCCUCACUCCUGGCCUUGUCUGAGCUGCUUUCAAAGGACAAAAAAAUCAGUGGAGAGGACCUUUUGAUGGCUUUUAAUGUGGGAAUCGAAGUACAAGGACGACUGAUGUGUUUCUCACAUGAAUCCAAAAACAUCCCUAAAAAAUUUCAUCCACCCUCCGUUGUUGGCACCAUGGGAAGUGCUGCUGCAUCAGCCAAACUUCUUUCACUGAAUAAAGAUCAAUGCACCCAUGCUAUGGCGAUUGCAGCCUCUCUUGCUGGAGCCCCAAUGGCAAAUGCUGCUACUCUUGCUAAACCGUUGCACAUUGGGAAUGCCACCAGAUUAGGGCUUGAGGCAGCACUUCUUGCUGCAAAGGGAAUGGAGGCCAAUCCCCUAAUAUUGGAUGAUGUCCCUGGGUGCUCAGGUUUUAGUGCGUUUUAUGGUGAUUACCAUCCUAAAUUGUUAGCUGCACCAGGAGAGCAAUAUGAAUUUCUCUUGGAAAAGCAAGAUAUUGCAUUCAAGUCAUUUCCGGCUCAUCUUGGUAUGCACUGGAUAGCAGAUGCUUCAGUUUCAGUCAGAAAUAAUUUCAUAAGUCAAUAUGGGUCAUUUGAUCCUUCUGCCAUCCAAUCAAUUCUUCUCAGAGUCCCAGUUUCUAAGUAUAUCAACCGGCCCUUUCCUGAGUCAGAACAUGAGGCCAGGCAUUCUUUCCAGUUCAAUGCUUGCACUGCACUGUUAGAUGGAGAAGUAAAUGUCAGCUCCUUUGAUGAUGACCAUAUUUAUCGCAAUGAUCUCCAGAACAUGCUAAGUAAAGUGAUAGUUGAACACCCAGAAGAUAAUGUAGCCAACUUUGAUAAAAUGUAUGGAGAGGUGGCUUUACUGUUGAAAAAUGGAGACAUGCUGAUAGGAAAAUGCGAUACAUUCUAUGGGCACUGGAGGAAACCUCUAAGUCGGGAUUCUCUGUUAAAGAAAUUCCGUUCCAACGCUAGAAAUGUUCUCCAGGAAGAUAGCACAGAAAUGGUAAUACAAAUGGUGGAGAAUUUAGAAAGUGUAACAGAUGGCUCCCAGCUGCCACUGCUACUUCAGUAAUUAUUCAUUAUUAAUUAUCA